AUUUCAGUCAUACUCACACGACCCAGAAACUGGAAUGCCUUCUUCCUUUCCGCUUCACAUUUAUAGAAUAAUUUAUAUCAAAUUGGGAAGAAUUGCAAGCAGAGGAAUCACCCUGUUUGGAGCUUUGCAUUCUCUCUCUCUCUCUCUCUCUCUCUCUCUCUCUUUCUCUCAUUUUUGGGGUCCUAGUUAGCUAGCUUCCGAGUUGGGCGAAGUGAAGAUCUGGAAAGAAAAUGCACGCCAAGACAGAUUCAGAGGUGACGAGUCUCGCCCCAUCGUCUCCGACGAGAUCCCCUCGGAGGCCCGUCUACUACGUGCAGAGCCCAUCGCGAGACUCCCACGAUGGCGAGAAGACAACAACAUCUUUCCAUUCGACUCCGGUACUCAGCCCCAUGGGCUCACCCCCCCACUCCCAUUCCUCCGUUGGUCGCCAUUCCCGUGAAUCCUCCAGCAGCCGGUUCUCCGGAUCCCUCAAGCCUGGCUCACACAAGAUCACGCCCAACGAUGGAUCUCGAGGGGGUCCCCACCGCAAGGGACAGAAGCCAUGGAAGGAAUGCGCCGUGAUUGAAGAGGAGGGACUUCUGGAAGAUGAGACAGCCGAAAGGAGUCUACCUCGUCGCUGUUAUUACCUCGCUUUCGUUCUUGGCUUCAUCUUACUUUUCUCUCUCUUUUCCUUAAUCUUGUGGGGAGCCAGUCGACCUCAGAAGCCUACAAUCACCAUGAAGAGCAUUACAUUUGAGCAAAUCGUGAUUCAAUCAGGUACGGAUGCUACCGGAGUGGCGACCGAUAUGGUCUCCCUCAAUUCCACUGUAAAGCUAGUUUUUCGUAAUACUGCUACGUUUUUCGGAGUACAUGUAACGUCAACACCUGUUGAUCUCUCCUACUCUCAACUAAGUGUGGCCAGUGGCACCAUAAAGAAAUUCUAUCAGUCGAGGAAGAGCCAAAGAACGAUGACGGUAGUAGUGAUGGGGAACAAAAUCCCUCUGUACGGAAGUGGGGAGGGUUUGAGCAGUUCGACAGGCACCUUAACGGUGCCGGUGCCUCUGAAACUGAGUUUCAUGGUUCGAUCGAGGGCAUACGUCCUGGGAAAACUGGUCAAACCAAAGUUUCAUAAGACGAUCGAGUGCUCCGUGGUUCUUGAUCCUAAGAAGCUCAACGUCCCCAUUUCUCUGAAGAAUUCGUGCACAUACAGUUAAAAAGCAAGAUCUGCGAAGAGUGCCAAGUAAAAUCAGAUUCAUCACGGAGACAAGACUCGGGAGAUAUUUAUUUACCCUUUUAAAUUUGUUCAGUUUUUUUUUUUUUUUUUUACCUUCGUUAAAUUCAGGGAAUUUCUUUGGAAAGGUGGAGACAGCUAGACGGUCGAUGACGUGGCUUUGGUUGCCCGGAAGACAGCUGGGUAUUAACUGGUGUCCGGUGGUAGUGACAUUUUUUCUUUGUUGUUGUUGAUUAUUUAAUGUUAUUAAUUAAAAAUACAAUAAAAUAACUGGUCAGUGGUCUCGUUCUAUAUAUUGGAGUUUUGUUUUAUCUCCAUCAA